GUGAUCAAAAAUAAAACCCCAAAACUUCAAGCUCAACCCAUAUUAUAUGUCAACAACGAUCCAUAUAUGAAAUGAUCUGUCUCACUGUCAGUCUGCACUGGCGCUACAUUGAAAAGUAGAGUCUGUUCCUUUAAAUGCCAGGACCGUAUGAUGUCAGGGGGAGUGCAGUUCAAAUGCAGUCCAUGUGAGUUGCUCUCACUUCCUGCACAGGGAGAGACAGGCGGAGAGAGAGCGACGCAAGACAGAGGGGCCUGGGUACUGGAGUGUAGAGACCCUGCAAACUUUGCUUUUUAAGAAAAUACUGCACCGCUGACAUAUCCCAAAUCGUUUGCUUUAUACAGAAGGAACCCUGCGGAUGCGUUCCCAGACAGCUGCUGCCCCAGUGACCCCUGAAGACUGCCCCCAUUCCCCAGCACCAUGUCCCAGCUGCUGCACAUGGAGAUCCCCAACUUUGGGAGCACGGUGCUGGGCUGCUUGAAUGAGCAGAGACUGCUUGGACAGUACUGCGACGUGUCCAUUGUGGUCAAGGGCCAGGCCUUCAAAGCUCACCGGGCGGUCCUGGCUGCGAGCAGCCUGUACUUCCGCGACCUCUUCAGCGGCAGCUCCAAGAGCCACUUUGAGCUGCCCUCCACGGUGCCUCCAGCCUGCUUCCAGCAGAUCCUGUCCUUCUGCUAUACAGGCAAGCUGACCAUGGCAGCCAGUGAACAGCUUGUCAUCAUGUACACAGCCGGGUAUCUGCAGAUCCAUCACAUUGUGGAGCGGGGCAUGGACCUCAUGUUUAAAGCCAGCUCUCCUCACUGUGACUCCCAGACUGCUGCUGUGGAAGACCCAGGAUCAGAGCCUCAAAGCCCCUGCAAUAACAACCUUGGACAGGCUGCAGUCUCCGCUUUGACCUCUACAGGCUGGUCCCCAACGCUGCCUCUGUCCCUGCGCAGCCGCAUCAAGCAAGAAGGCAUGGAGUCUCCUCUGGCUCUCCAAGCGUUGGCUCACAAGCGCGGACAGCAGGACCAGGUUGUGCUGGGCGCCAGGCUCGCCCGAGGGGCUCCUCUCUACUACUCUGGCAGUAGCGCUAGUCUUGGGGCUGUUUUCUCCAGUGCCCAGCUCUACCCUGUGCCCACUGGGGAGCGCUCGAGCCCAGGUGCCUCUAGCCUGCACACAACCGACAGCCCCACAUCCUACCAGAAUGAGGAGGAAGAGUUUGAAGAUGAGGUGUAUGAUGGGAUCAUAGAGGACCCUUAUGGGCAGGUCUAUGGGAGAACACCAGCCACAUAUGCCAUCCAAGAGAAGUCCGAUGUCGCCACCAUGCCCGUCUCGCUGGAGAACCGCUCCUGUGUGCUCCUUCGAAGGGACCUGGUGGCACUCCCUGCUAGUCUCAUCAGCCAGAUUGGGUAUCGGUGCCACCCCAAACUGUACUCUGAAGGGGACCCAGGAGAGAAGCUGGAACUCGUAGCAGGUACAGGGGUGUACAUUACCCGAGGCCAGCUGAUGAACUGUCACCUGUGUGCCGGCAUCAAACACAAGGUGCUUCUGCGGCGCCUGCUAGCUACCUUCUUUGACAGGAACACUCUAGCUAACAGCUGUGGGACAGGAAUCCGCUCAUCAACCAGCGACCCCAGCCGGAAACCGCUGGACAGCCGAAUCCUCAACGCUGUCAAACUGUACUGUCAGAAUUUUGCACCAAAUUUCAAGGAGAGUGAGAUGAACGUCAUUGCGGCUGACAUGUGCACCAAUGCACGGCGUGUCCGUAAGCGCUGGCUUCCCAAGAUCAAGUCAAUGUUGCCGGACGGGAUGGAGGUGUACCGCGGUGGAGUGCCCGGUGCUGGCGUGCCGGGGCAGGGAGCUGCUGGCCUGCUUUUCGAGCCUGAUUUCCAACCGCUGACCGCUGCCGGUUUUAGCUUUGAGCAGCGUAUCUACACCGAGCGCAAAGAACCGUCAAGAACUCAUCCCAGCCCCGGCCUAGAGCUGGAGGGAAGCCCCGACCCACCCUUCGAACCAGAGGGGCAGGAGCCCGAGGGGGAGGGGGAGGAGGAGGAGGAGGACGAUGUAGGGCUUGCUGAAGCCUCUGGGGGUCCACAGGCACAGACCCCCCUCAAUCUUGCGGAAGGCAGCGGCGGUCGACCACACACGCCAGAUAGACGGCAAGAGGAAAAUGGAGAACCACUGCAGAUAAACAUGCAAUGAGUGUCCGGCAAAGGGAAACCUAUACAAAAUCAACAGGCAUAUAUAUACACACCACACACACACACACACACACACACACACACACACACACACACACACAGGCAUAUUAUGUUACUUUUCUCUCCCCCACAGUACCCCAAAUAUUACACGCUUGCACUGACAGCCACACAAUUUCUAAUUUCCUUACUGUCAACAGAAUUUCCAUCAGCAUGUUUUUGUUGAGAGGACCAUACAAUUAAAAACAGCAGUAACUACUCCCUAUAAAACUAUAGGGAUGGGUGGAUUUUUAUUGACACAACAAAUAAAUAAAAAAGGAAACAUGAAAA